AUAAUAACAAUGCUACAUCCGUUCAAAGAAGGACCUGGCUCGGCAGGUGACCGAUGAGUUAGCCGGCAAAGUCUGUGAGCUAAAGAAUCAUUGAAAUGUGGAAGGCAACAACACACGUACGAUCUGGAAUACGAUGUGUUGGAUUAAGGCCUGGUGUACGCAGACUGGCCACCAAGCCACCAGCUUCAGGCAAAGGGACAAACACUGCUAGUCCAAAGGCCAAUGUUCCACCGCCAGCACCACCACAAAAAUCAAGUCGUGUCCCUGCGUUACUUGGCGGACUAGUCGUGUUGACAGGAGCUGGAGCUGGAAUCUGUUGGUAUGACCCAACCGUUCUAGAUUGGGUGAAAGAAAAGCUCAACUUGUCAUCAGGUUCAAUCACUGAGAAGAUCCCCGAGAUAUGGCCACCUCCCAUAGCUAAGAAAAAGCCUAUAGAACCAAUACUACCACCGACUCAGAAGGAAGAAACAAAUGCAAAGGUCCAGAAAGAAGAGGUGAAGACAAAAGCGGAGAAGGGAGAAAUAAAGACGCCUGCACCAGAAAUUACAGCCAAGGAAAAGAUUAAACCAAGUGAUGCCGAAGUAGCAGCUAAAAAGAAACAGAAAAAGGAAGAGAAAGAAAAGAAGAAGUUGGAGCAAGAGCAGGCACAGCAAGCUAAGAAAAAAGCAGAAGAGGUAGAAAGAUUAAAAAGGGAAGAGGAAAAGAAACAAGCCGAUAAGGCAGCAAAUUUUUCAGCCUUGUUGAAGAAGUUGGAUGGACCUGUAGAAGAGGCCAACAAAAGUGUAACAGAGGCCUUAGAAACUCAGACGAAGAUGUUGGAGAAGAUCAAGGCUCAUACACAAAGUCUGAAAAAGGCCCUGGACGAUAAAUCUCCUAUUGAGGAUAAGGAUGGUCAGUGGCAAAAUGUGGUGGAAGCCUCACAAGCUUGGAAACAGAUGGCAAGUGUGUCUGAGGGGAUUGUCACUAAAGCCAGGGACGAGCUGGACAAACUGAAUUCUGUCAUCAAGGAAGUGAAGGAGAACAGUGAUGCUAAGGCUAACAAGGCAGUCACAGCCGCGGAGGAUCACUUAAACGGUCUCUCCAGUAGGAUGAACCAAAUGAUGGAAACGAUAAAGAAAUCUGAAUCGGAGUAUAAAACAACAGAGCAAUUUACGGAACUCAUUGAAAAGGGAAAGAUGCAGUUUCAGAGAGAACUUCAAAGUUUGAUGCCGGAUAAAAAACUUGGCACUGGCAAAGGUAACACUCUUAGUGAGGAGGACCUGAACGUACUCAUUGGACACGCCCAUGGCCGAAUAGAACAACUGCAGCUUCAGUUGGCAGAGCAGAUCGCCAUGGAGAAGCAGCGAUUUGAGGCGGCCAUCGAACAACAGAAACGUGAAGAUGACCAUGUAGCUAGUCUGAGUAUAAACAAUGCUUUAGAGAAGCUACAACAGCAGUAUGCAAUGGAGAAAGAAAACUGGGCCUCUGAAGCGCGUGAAGAGUAUGAGAAGGAACUCAGGCACAUGUUGGCCAUGCAGGCCGCAGCACAUGUUGAUAACAUAGAGAAAAAACUAAUGGAGCAGGAGAUUGAUCUGUCGGAGAAAUUUGACGGACACCUUCAAGACAAGAUUUUAGAGGAGCGAUUAGGAUAUAAAACUCAGAUUGCUGGAUUUGAGGCAAGGAUCAAUGGUAUCGAAGCAGCCGUAGAAUCCCAGGCAGAGAAGGGAAAAACAGCACAACAGGCCAAACGAUUAUGGCUGGCAUGUCUGGCCCUAAAUGGGUUGAUUCGUGUGGGUAACAAAUUCGGCCAGACAUGGGAGGAACGGGUCACUCCCCUUGAAGAAAAGGUCAUGGCCAUCGCGGAGGCAUCAGGCCACCACCCGUUCGUCGCUACAGUGAUAAACACCAUUCCUGACGAGGCGUUGGCUCGAGGUGUCUGGACAGAGGAUAACCUGAUAGCCAGGUUUAACGACGUUAGGAAGAGAUGUCGGAGAGUCGCUCUUAUCAAUGAAUCAAGAAGCUCACUGUUCGCGUUUUUCUUAUCUUACGUCCAGUCAGCUUUUAUCUUUUCAAAUGUGAAUCUAAACAAGGAAACAGCUACCGUAGAUCCAAAAGACUUAGAUACAUUCACUAUAAUAGACCACGCGCAAUUCUGGCUGAAACAAGGAAAUAUGGAAAUGGCUGUACGAUUUAUGAACCAAUUGGAAGGUCUGCCACGAGAACUGGCAUCUGAUUGGAUAAAGGAAGGCAAACUCCUAGUGGAAACCAAACAAGCUGCACAAAGUAUCACAACCUUUGCCUCUGCCACUGGUCUAGGAGCCCUGUUUUAAAACUAUGCAUUGAGAAUUGUUCGAGUAAAAACAAACAGAUUAUGCCGCCUUUUUGUGUUUUCCAAGAAAGGGUUUCGUAAUGUGCCGUAUCGACCCGACAUCAUGUGACAAAGUGCUUUUAUUUGAGAACGGAAUAUGUAUUGUUUCUAUAUGCAUUGUUUCUAUUAUUGUGAAAAAAUGACAAUGUCCUUGAAUUUCAUAUUCCAUGUGAUGUUGUAUUUCUUCCCGGAAAGGUUUAAAGUGACGAAUGUUGAAGGGAUCUGUAUGUUUUACACGUGAUUAUAGAAGUAUUAUUCUGUAUACCACAGGUAAUAAAAAUACAUUUCAUGACAAUUGUAUCUAGUUUCAUAUUUAUUGAUAGAUAUUAUUAAAACAUACUUUACCAAG